AUGCAGGUUGGGGUCAGUGACGAUGAGUCGAAGCGCUGCACGUACCAAGGAUGCACGGAGGUGGAUCCGCUUGCCUCGCGCUGUAGACUCUGCGGUGGGAUGUUCUGCGCCAGCCACACCUCCGUGGCGGCCCACGCCUGCAGCGUCUUCAACGCCCUGCCCCUCACCUGCCCUAUCUGCAGCCAAGCCGUGCCACUGGAGCGCCCUGGGCAGUCCCCCGACGAGGCCGUGUCGCGGCACAUUGACCGGGGCUGUCGCAAGGCGCCGCCGUUGCCGAGCCGUCAAAGAGAGCGGGUGAACUACUGUAGCUACGCGGACUGCAACAAGAACGACGUGGCCGCCGUCAUUUGUGAGGACUGUGGCAAUAUGUACUGCAUUGAGCAUCGUGCUCCAGCGCGUCACCGUUGCCGAAAAGCUAGGGUGCCUCGCACUGCUGCUUUUUCUUCACAGAGGAGCUCACCGAAGGCGGCAGUCUCCUCCGGUGCAGCGUCUCCCGCGCUUUCUUCUUCGUCCGCGUCAAAAAACUACCCGCGUAACACCCCGAGCACAGCCUUUGGGGUGCGAGUUGAGGGCGCCGUGACCCCACUUGUUAUUUUUGCAAAAGAAUUUGGGGUUACCCCAUUCUUCAUGUAUUUCCCACGUUUGGCGGUGGUGGGCCGUUUGCUGGAUCUUGCCGUCACUCAGGCGGCGCUUGAAAGUGCGGCUGUGAACGAGGCGAAGGGUGCGUGGGUGGUGCACGUGGUACGGCGGCCACACAGUGGUGACGGGUUUUCCGCGUUUGCCCCACGUUUCUCGGCGACGUUGAAGGAGGCAGAAGUGGGGGACGGUUCAAUCGUGUAUAUUGGGAAGCAACAGGUGCUGCCAAACGACGUGGUCAAGGAUCUCGCCCCGCGGCUUACAAGGGGGUCCUCCAAGGAUGAGAAGGAAAAGGCGGAAUGUGCCGCCAUGUAA